AUGGCUGACACCUCAUCUUUCAUGGAUUGGCAUCCUCAAACGCCUCCUCCUGCGCACAAUCCGUACCAAGAUAGAUAUGUGCCUGGUGGUUGGCCUGUCGACCCUCCGACCCCUCCCCCUCCUACCACCGGCGUCUUCAUGCCCUCUCGCAGACCUUCUCCUCUUGACCACAUCAUCCCUGCCGCGAAGAGAAUAUGUACAGGCCUUGGAGGUUUGGCUGGACUCGGUUUCCACGCAGCCGCACAACUCAGCAGACGUACAAUUGAUGCCACAACCACUGUGGUCACUGUCCCUACUGUCUACAUUGUCCGACGAUUCCAGCGGCGUCGCCAUGAGCAGAGACCUACCCAGCCAAAGCGACAAGCUGCACCAAGAUCUUUUCCUCCACCACUUUCACAAUCACCAUGGAAUCGAGCUGUUGCCAAAGAACUGGCCGCAGCUCAACAAACAGCCGACCCCCCUCCGCAAACACCCACAGUCCCGCCUCAGCGAGUCCCCAAACCUAUCCCGCCUACAGAAGAACAACAUGAAUACACAGAUGGUGUGUUGUACGAAAUCCCAGAGUUCAGACCACAAUACGUCUUGAACCGACGGAGCCAAAAUGCUGCUCCCCGAGGUCCGAUUCGGCGCACACGUGUCGUCGAUCAGGUCUUUCCCCAAAUGCCUCGAUUUACACCCCCUCGAGAACCUAAACCAGCUCAUCUCCCAACUCCGGACGAGAAGUUUGAGAAGCCUUUGGUAGAAUGCGCAAAGCUAGAGUCUCCAUAUCCGCAACUGAAACCAAUUCCUGCCUCACCCCCUUCGCCUGCAGUAACCAUCAUCUCCACCGACUCCGCCACACCGAGCGCGCAGUUGCAACAAGGAUUACAAGCGGUCAUUGAGAGCGACACAGAGUCAAGCAGUGUUAUAUCCUCCAUCCAGCGAUCUAGAAAGAGACGCAUCCUCACACAAGGCUCCCGUUUGACCGAGAACGACGAAAUCAUUGCUUCGUCGAAGAGAGUCCAGACCCAAGGUCCGCGCGUGGAAUCACAGACUCCCAAAAUUGCCAUUGUUGUCCAAGACGCACCAUCAUCAGAAACUCCCAAAUCCCCAACUCCUACCGACACGACGUUGUUGACACCACCACGUCUAAGACUACGACGAUUCAACUCAUCCAGAUCGGUCCUACGAAAAGAGGUUCUCCUCAAAAGUCCAAAGACUCCGUUGUCAGAUAUCUCAUCCAUGUGUGACUGCUCACCAGGAAAUUAUCACAUCGACGCACCAAGAUCUCCCGUCAAGAGCGAGAUUUCUUCUUUCUUCGAUGGUACACCACCCCCCAACCCAGAACUGGAUGCUCAUGUUUUCAGAAUGAUCAUGUCAGGAGGCGGAUCCCCAGUCCCAGCUUCCAACGCCCUCGCUGAGAGCGAGACUCCUCGAGAGACAUCAAUGUCGACCGCAAUCGCACCAUCCGGACAAACGACCAGCGGAACGUCGAAUCUCGACGAACCUGCCACGCCAGAAACCCAAAGCGAGGCAAACAAUAACCUUACCCCUACCACGGUAAAAGUGGCGAACGAGAAUACGGAAGAUAUUCUUGGCCUGGCCAACCAAGAACAUCAUCCCCAACUCAACAAUGCCACAAAAGACGUGGAACAACACAUGGACACACAGGAGAAUGAAACUUCCAACAAUGAACCUCCAAAAACACCCAUACAUGUCACUCCACAAAAGAUAAAAGCCGCAAGUCCAGUCGACCUGACUGAUGACAAAGAUGGCAGUGAAUCCAGCUCCUCAGCAGCAUCUUCCCUACACACUCCCGAAAAGCAAUUUGCAGAACUCAGGCUAGAUGAUCUAUAUACACCAGACCAUCCGACCCCCAAAGCCACACCACAUUCCUCCGAAAAGACCCAGAGAGUCACGCGCGCAGAGUCCAAGAGACUUGCGAUCCUUGAAGAGAAGACCCAUUACGAAAUUGUUCCACUCACAGAAGAAUGGGAACAGAAAAUCCAGACCGCGCUUCGUCACGGGCACGGCACUUUCAAACCCAGAGAUCUUACCCGCGUUGUCCCUCUCAAUGCACAGUCCAGUGGCGGCACCGAUCAAUGGCUCAACGAUGAGGUUAUCAACGGGUACCUCAAGCUGGUGGUCGCCCACGGCAGACAGAACGACCGUCCCACACAAGUUCCCACGCACCACGCCUUUGUGUCCUUUUUCUUCAACAACCUCGAAAGCCGCGGGUAUGAUAGUGUCAAACGCUGGGCUUCUCGAGCGAAGAUCGGGGGGAAGAACCUACUUGAAACAGAAGCGGUCUUCAUCCCUGUCAACAGCGGCAGCCAUUGGACGCUUUGUGUGGUGUCAGGAAAGAACCGCACAAUCGCACACUACAACAGCCUGAGAGGCAAUGGGAGACGAUAUGUUAAUGUUGUAAAGUCAUGGGUCGCUGCGGAGUUGGGAACUGCAUACAAGGAAUCCGAAUGGACCUUGCUGGAGGCAGGAGAGUCUCCACAACAGACCAAUAUGGAUGAUUGUGGAGUGUUUACAAUCACGAGCGCGCGGCAGAUCAUGUUGGGGCUUACGCCCAUGUCGUACAGCGCCGAGAUGAUCCCGCUGCAGAGAAGGAGGAUUGUGGCGGAGCUUGUGAACGGAUCGCUCUUGAAGAGCAGUUUGUAA